UUUUUGCUUUUGGUGUCUGUACUCUGCCAGAACCAACACAGUGAAUCUUUUUUCACACUUGAAAAUAUCCAAGGAAAGCUAGUUUUGUACAGCAGCAAGUGUACAAGAUACCCAGUAAAUUUUACUUCAAUGCCUCUGGCUUCCCCUGUGUAUUCUUGAUUCCAAUAUAAAGUUGAACCCAUCUUCUUACAGCCAAAUCUAAAAUAAACCCACUUGCUUCGAGGGUUAUCCUCUUAGCAAAUCACUAUGAGAGGAUUCAGAACCAGACUACUUUCGUUUUCCUCUAUUUUCUUGCUGUUUCUCACUCUGUCAUGUGUUUCCACUGCACAACAGCAAAAUCCCAUCAAGACCAUUGUGGUUUUGGUGAUGGAAAACAGAUCUUUCGAUCACAUGCUUGGGUGGAUGAAGAAAACGGUAAAUCCAGCAAUCAAUGGGGUGACGGGAAGGGAAUGUAACCCUGUAUCGACCAAGGACCCAAAGCAACAGUCUAUUUGCUUCACAGAUGAUGCAGAGUUUGUGGAUCCAGAUCCUGGCCACUCCUUUGAAGCUGUGGAGCAACAGGUAUUUGGCAAUGGCUCAAUUCCCACCAUGACUGGCUUUGUUGAACAAGCGCUCACUAUGUCUCCAAACCUCUCUGAAACUGUCAUGAAAGGUUUUAGGCCUGAAUCUGUGCCUGUUUAUGCCGCUCUGGUAAAAGAAUUUGCUGUAUUUGAUAGGUGGUUCUGUUCAAUCCCUGGUCCAACGCAACCCAAUAGGCUAUUUGUAUACUCUGCUACUUCUCACGGCUCAACCAGCCAUGUUAAGAAGCAAUUGGCUCAAGGGUACCCUCAAAAGACGAUAUUUGAUUCACUUCAUGAGAAUGGUAAGAACUUUGGAAUUUACUUCCAGAACAUACCCACCACUCUGUUUUACAGGAAUAUGAGGAAACUGAAGUAUGUGUUCAAGUUUCACCAAUUUGAUUUGAAGUUUAAGAAAGAUGCUAGAGAUGGAAAGUUACCUAGCUUAACUGUAAUUGAACCAAGGUAUUUUGAUCUAAAGGGAUUGCCUGCAAAUGAUGACCAUCCAUCUCAUGAUGUUGCCAAUGGCCAAAAGCUUGUCAAGGAGGUUUAUGAGGCACUAAGGUCCAGUCCUCAAUGGAAUGAGACCCUUUUGGUCAUUACUUAUGAUGAGCAUGGUGGAUUCUAUGAUCAUGUCGAGACUCCUUUUGUUAAUGUCCCUAGCCCAGAUGGGAACACUGGCCCUGCUCCCUAUUUCUUCAAGUUUGAUCGCCUUGGCGUUCGUGUGCCCACAAUUAUGGUGUCCCCUUGGAUCAAGAAAGGCACUGUUAUCAGUGGCCCUUCUUCAAACUCAGAGUUCGAGCACUCAUCAAUCCCUGCUACCAUAAAGAAAAUUUUCAACCUUUCCUCCAAUUUCUUGACCCACAGGGACGCUUGGGCUGGUACAUUUGAAGGAGUUGUUGGCGAGUUAACCUCUCCAAGGACUGACUGCCCAGUGACGUUGCCGGAUGUGGCGCCUUUGAGAAGUACAGAAGCAAAGGAAGAUAGUAGCUUAUCUGAGUUUCAGGGCGAGAUAGUUCAACUAGCGGCGGUUCUUAAUGGCGACCACUUCUUGAGCAGCUUCCCUGAUGGGAUGAGCAAAAAGAUGAAUGUGCGAGAAGCUCACCAAUACGUGAGGGGUGCUGUUGCCAGAUUCAUAAGGGCUAGCAAAGAAGCCAUCAACUUAGGAGCAGAUGAAUCUGCAAUUGUAGAUAUGAGGUCAUCGCUCACUACCAGAUCUUCAGUUCAUAAUUAAUAGUAUAUCAUCUUUGCAUUUGGGUCUACGUCUCCCUUACAGAAUUAGAAAUAUUAAAUUUGUGAAAGUAGAAAGCAAUAAAAACUAGUCAAGGCUUUGUUGUUUUCUUUAGUUUUGAGUCUCUGUGAAUCAAUUGUAAGAGCCAGUACAAACAGCAUACAGGGAAGUGGUAAUUUAUUCAGAUAAAAAUAUCCUGAAUCCUUCUUGGGAUGGCCAA